AUGGAGAUGGAGACACUAGAUACUAGCCCAGAGACUGACCAUGACCGGGCUUCGGGUCGCCCAGCUGUUAUGGCUGCCUGUGAAUCAUGCCGAAAAAUGAAGAUGAGAUGCAUUCGACUGGAGCCAAAUGAAUCGAGAGGUCGAAUUCCAACUCCAUGUGAUAGAUGUAGGCGAACAAAUCGAGUCUGCAAGAUUCCAGAGCCACGCCCGCUGGGACGGAAACGGGGCGCACGAGGUCGAUAUCAAGGCUUCGAGAAAGCAGUCCGUAAACUGCGAUCAGAGAUGAGAAAGGAGAAAAUGGAGGCCGAAGCAGAAAGACUUCAGGAAAUUGUUCGACUUCCGUCUAGCGAGCAAACACCACCGUCUUCGCAUCCGUUUGCCACCAAUGAGCAACUAUGUCGCAUAUCACCUCCAGUCACACAUACUGUCCCUACACUGGAAAUCCCCCAGGAUCAAGGGAAUGUACCGCGACAGGGUCCUGGACUCUCCAUAGAUUAUUCCCCGUCCCAUCAUGCCCAGGAACCGAUCAGCAAUCCUCUUGCGCUGCUGGCAGACGCAUCAGAUGCUGCGCGCGCACUGGAGCCUCAUUCAAAUUCGGCAAAAGAUAUACCCCAUUCAAUUGGUGAAGCGUCAAGUCAAGUAGACACUUUCGCUGGCGGUGGUCUUGGCCAUCUGCUCCGUAGACCUGGCUAUGUUUCACUGGGGCUCCAACUAAGCAGACAAAGCAUGGAGCAUGCAUUGGAUGCUUUGCUUACACCCACACACAACGUGGAUAGAUACUCAAAUUACUUCAAAAGGCCUGUUCAAGAACCACUUAGCGAUGUCGGACCUGAUGUUGACCCAGUUGACCUGGGCUUGAUUACUAUGGAGGAGGCUUAUUACCUAUUCCCGAUUUAUUUUACACGACUACAUCCCAUGAAUGGAAUCCUCGAUCCCGCUCUUCAUACCCCUGACUUCGUGCGCUCUCGAUCUGCACUUCUGUUUACAUGGGUUCUGGCCCUGACAGCACAAUUUGACCAUGCAUCUGCCUCAAUCGCCAAAAGACUCAGGUUACACGGGGAGAAGUUAUCACAGCAUGUCCAUACCUGCGGUUACAAGUCCGUUGAAAUCGUCCAGGGCUACUAUAUCUCACUACUCUCCGCCACCCCUGCUGAGACGCUUGCGAAAGAGCGGUCAUGGUUGUACACAAUGCACGCCUUCGGUGUAGCUGCCGAGCUUGGACUGGAUCAAUAUUCCGAUACGCGAGAGUCACGAGCUGCGUUGCCUUUACCUUCAUAUCAGCAGGAUCGGAGUAUACCAUCAUUUUCAUCACAUGCAGACGCAAUGGGCAAUCGGGUCUCUCCUCAGUGCGAUGAAGACAUCUAUAACCAACGCUUGAUCCGCAAUCGGGAAAGAACAUGGUUUAGGAUACUCUUGUGGGAGCGAGCCAAUAGUGCUGCAUAUGGUCGGAUUCACAGCUUCCCUGAAACAGCACUGACUAAAAAUAUCGAAUUGUGGUGGAUGCAUCCACUAGCAGAUCCUACCGAUAGGCAUACAAGUGCUUUCAUCGCUUUGCGAAGAAUCUUAGCCUCGCUUAACAGUGACCUCCGAGAUAAAGGAGAGGCGCAUCAUUCUGAGCCACAUUGGGUAAGGGAUCUUGUUGACAAUACACUCCAGCCUUGGUGCAGCACAUGGCUAGGAAGCCCAGCUACUGGUACAAGCUGUUCGACUGAGCAACUUUCAAAUACCUUCCUACGAUAUGUUUACCUACAUGGAAGACUUUGGACCCUGUCCAUUGCACUCAACAACUCCAAAGAUCAGAACGGCAACCAGGUUGGCAUUCGUAACGAUUGCUUUGAAGCUGCCAUCAAUGCAUGUGAAGUCGCAGUUCAUGAUCUGGAAGCAAUAGGUGAGCCACUAUAUGGUAUGCUGGCUCCGACUUGGGCUAUGAUCUCCUAUGCUGCUGUCUUGGCUUUAAAAUUGUUCCCCGCGAUAUACGGAUCUCGGGUUGGAAGUCAACUUGAGCUAUUUGCCCUCUUGAGUCAGGUUGCUUUGCAAUUGGAACGUGCUGGUCAGACGCCUUCUCAUCGAUUUGGUAUUGCAGCUUUACUGGGCCAGCAUAUCAUGAUGAUUUUACGAGCUAAAGCAAGGGUGUUAAGGGAAGAGCUGGAUAUUGAGUCGUCCUAUCCUCAGAACUGCAAUAAUGAUCAGCAGAUAGCCCAAGAUGUGGCCACUGGUCCAUUUAUCUCUGAUUAUGAUCCUUUUCUCACAAAUGGUGGCCUGGUGGGUGAUGUGACUGAGGAGGGAUUUGCAGAUAUAUUCCGAGAAAUCUUCGGGCCGGGCUUUGGUGGUGUGUUUUAA